UUCAGUCGGCCUUCCUGUUGCUGGGACUUGACGUGAGGUGUUAGUGAAGGAUCCCGGCGCUUGCUGGAAUAUCAGAACUGGGAAGAUGCUAUUAGGCACAAGAAUAAAAGAGAAACCUGCACACUUCCAGUCAUCAGAAAAAACAUUUGUUUUUAACUUUAAGUCAAGACAACAGUCAUAUGUGCUAUCUGCACCCCUCCAGAUCCCAAUGCAAGGAAGCAUCAAUGAUUUACAUGGACGUCUUAUGCUCUUACAUAAUCUUCCUUGUUUUGUUGAGAAUGAUUUAAAAAAUUCCCUUUAUCAAUUUAUUAAUGAAGAAACUGAAAGGAAUUAUGACAAAGAAGCAGAAGCUGCAUUAGAAAAAGUGAAAAGCAGCGAAUUAAGUACUGAGCAGCUUGUUAAUGCUUGGGCGAAAGCUUAUCACGAGACCACAUUGGAAUAUGCUCAGCCUGAAGAGCCAAGCUGGGAUGAAGAUUUUGCAGAUGUAUACCAUGACUUGAUUCAUUCUCCAGCCUCUGAGACUCUACUAAACCUGGAACAUAAUUACUUUGUCAGAGUUUCAGAGCUCAUAAGUGAAAGAGACAUGGAAUUAAAGAAGCUACAGGAAAGGCAGUCUGUAGAAAUGGACAAAGUAAUGCAAGAACUAGGAAAAACACUUACAGAUCAAGAUGUAAACUCAGUUGCUGCUCAACAUUUUGAUUCCCAACAGGUACUGGAGAAUAAAUGGGCCAGUGAACUAAAACAACUAAUGACAAUUCAGAAACAGGAAUACCAAGAGUGGGUAAUAAAACUACAUCAAGACAUGAAAAAUCCUAACAACAGUACAGUCAGUGAGGAAAUCAAAGUAAAGCAAAGUCAAUCUGCAGUAUCAAAUGAACGAAUGUUUGAAGAGCGAUCACUGUUGGAAGAAAGCUUUACUAUACAUUUAGGAGCCCAGUUGAAAACCAUGCACAACUUGCGCCUAGUGAGAGCUGAUGUCCUUGAUUUUUGUAAGCACAAGCGCAAUCAGCAAAGUGGUGUUAAACUUCAGAGAUUACAGACAGCACUGUCACUAUAUUCCACUUCCCUCUGUGGGCUUGUCUUGCUUGUUGAUAACCGCAUCAAUUCCUACAGUGGUAUCAAGCGAGAUUUUGCAACAGUUUGCCAGGAGUGCACAGAUUUUCAUUUCCCUAGAGUGGAACAGCAGCUUCAGGUUGUCCAACAAGUUGUACUUUAUGCAAGUGCUCAACGUAACAAGAAAAUAAAGGAAAGAGCUGAGUUACCAAAUGGAAAUGGGGGGAGUGAAGAUAAGUCAAAAAUCGGAGAAAGAAAUCCAUCAAAUAUUUUACCAGGAGAAUUUUACACCACGAGGCAUUCUAAUCUUUCUGAAGUUCAUGUUGUUUUUCACCUGUGCGUGGAUGAUAAUGUAAGAUCUAGCAAUAUUACAGCCCGUGAUCCAGCAAUUAUGGGCCUACGGAAUAUUCUGAAAGUCUGUUGCACUCAUGACAUUACAACGAUCACAAUCCCUCUAUUACUAGUGCAUGACAUGUCCGAGGAGAUGACAAUACCUUGGUGUCUGAAAAGGGCAGAGCUUGUGUUUAAGUGUGUAAAAGGUUUUAUGAUGGAAAUGGCAUCUUGGGACGGAGGAACUUCUCGUACAGUCCAGUUCCUUGUACCGCAGAGUAUUUCAGAAGAAAUGUUCUACCAGUUGAGCAACAUGCUACCUCAGAUUUUUAGAGUGUCAUCUACCCUGACCCUGACCUCCAAGCGAUGAACAAACAAACGACUGAACAGCGAGUGAGUUAUGCUGACAAGUCACUUUUUGUGUGGGCUUCAGACAAGAUAUUAAAAAUGAUCAACUCUGCAUGUUUCCCACAGCAACUCGGAAAGACUUUUUUUCAUUUCAGCAGAAUCUCAAACAUUUAUAAUUGUUGCACUUAAGUUGAAAUAUGCAUCAAAAUCUAAUGUACUGUCACAAUGAAGAUGGUGUCUUAAAGUUGAUUCUUGUCUCCUUUUAUAGACUUAAAAGUUACCAAGUAAUGUUACAAACACAUUUAAUGAGAUGUACUAGAUUCCUCUUCCUAUAAUUUCAGUAAAGUCAUGGUUUAAUUCCUCUGCCAAAAUGAAGAGAUUUGAUGUGAAUGCAAUAAGCCUUUGUACAGUUACAUCCUCACUAUAUUUCAAGACUAUGGAACUUAUAAUAAUGAAAAUAUAUUCAAAAUUAUUCCAUUUCUAAUUCUCAUAUUUGUACAUGUGUGAGGCAAAGUUGCUGGCCUAAAAAUAAUUAGAUUUGUGAAACUGAUUGCAGCCUAUAGCUUGCUUUGGGGUAACAUUAGGUGAUGAUAAGUUUCAUAUUUGUGUACAGCUAGCUAUUUAAUUGUGGAACUUGAAUUAUUUUCCCAUGCUUUUUAACAUUAUGCAGCUAGUUUGCCUAUCUAAAUCUGUUAAACAUUGAUCAUAAAUGAGGCAGUCAACUAAUACAUUUUUUGUUCUGCGGCUUAAAACACAGAUGAUUAAGUGUGGCAUCAGAACCACCAACAUAUUGUGAUGAUGUACAAAUAUAGGAUUAAUAAGUGUUAAGUGAUUCACAUAUCAUAUAAGUUGUUAUAAUUUUAUUCACUUUCAAGUUUCAACUGUGACUUAAUUCCCAAUGGUGACUCUUUGAGUUCAUAUCCUAAUAUGUAAUUUAUAGGAUUUUAAACAUGUAUUUAAAAUGAUGUCACUUUGGAUAUUUAGUAACAUUAAAGGCUCAUCUGCACCCAAUUAAGUAACACUAAAAUGGAAAGUUAUGUUUGAAGUUGGUGUAACAGAGAGCCAUUUCUAAUUAAUUUGUGGCAUUACUGUUUAUCUGCAGGCACACCUGUAAAAAAUCCAUUAUUCAUUAUUUUUCACAUAUUUGUAUAACAGAAAUUGUAUUCUUCAAUUGCACUGGUGUACAGAAUAAUGAGUGAAAGCAGUUUGAAAUAUUUAGAAUCGUGUGGGAAUAGUUACUUGUAAUCUCAUGAAUUGUCUCAACAUACAUUUUGUAUUUGAAGAAGUAAACAUACUGCAUUUUUAAAAACUGAUACAGUAUAAUUUAACUUUUAUGUAUGUUGUGUGCCAUUCUGGUUACUCCUGUACAGGCAGAAUGUGGAGGCUUUGGAGUGGGUGCAGAGGAGGCUCUUUAGGAUUAGAAUGUGUUAGCUCCAAGGAUGGGUUGAACAAAUUUGAGUGUUAAAGGCUGAGGGAAGAACUGUUAGAGGUUUAUAAAAUUCUGAGGGACAUAGAUAGGAUGGCCAGAGUAUUUCUCCGUGAGUGGAAAUGACAUACUAGAGGGCAUAUCUUUUAUGCAAGAGGAGGAAAGUAAAUUUGUACCCAAUGUGGUAAGGUGUGGUAAAUGCUACCAGACAUGGUGGUGGAAACAGACAUGAUAGUGUCAUUUAAGAAGCAGACAGGCACUUGAAGAUGCAAGGAAUGGAGGGAUAUGGUUCAUGUGCAAGCAGAUCAGUUUAGUUUAACAUUGUGGGCCAAAGGGCCUUUCCCCAUGUUGUAUUGUUCUAUGUUCUAAAGCUAAUAUGCAUGGCUGUUUGUGGUUGUGCAUCACCCAAAGCUCAGCAUUUGCUGGUGUUAUGUUCAUAGCAGCUUUGCCUUCAUCACGCACAUUGUACAGCACUUCAUGAAAGCGUUAAGCAGUAAAAUAGUGUACAUAGAAAGGGGCUUUGGGGGGAUUUUGCAUCAUGAAUCCUGUAGUGUCGAGCAGCCCUUAAAUGUCCUCAGAUUGUGUAUAAAUUAAAAAUUAUAUUUGAAUUUCUAUGUUAACAUUUUUGUCCCCGAAGUCAGAAGAUUGUGGGUUCAAGUUCAAGUUCUGCUCUUAGAGUCCUCAGCAAGAGGAUUUUUUAGGUAAGCGCUCCAUGCAAUCCUGAGUGAUUGUGGCACCGUUGGAAAUGUAGUCUUUUAGGUGACAAAAAGCUGAAGUUGUGCUCUUUCAAUCUUCUGCACAGAACAUUUGUUGCCACACAUGGCUGUAUUAAUGGCAUUCUCCAUGGUGGAAGGCUUGAUUGAGAGGAUGAGCAGUAAAAUCAUCAGGUAAUGAAGAUGGAGGAAGAAAUGAAAGGACUUUGUUUUGGCCCAGGAUGUUCAGGGUAUAAUUCUCUAAUGUGAUUCUUGGUGAGGAACAAUAUAUAAAUGAUAUGACCUUUAUUCAGGAUGUAAUCACUGACUGUGGCUCAAAAGAGGGGAGCCAUGGAGUCAUAAGUAGCUAGCCAUCUGGACACAAGCUGGGGUCUGAUCAGCCCCGGCUGGGUCACCUGGAGGAGGUUGUAUGAUGUUGAAAGACCCAAUGAUUCAAGGAACAUCACUGAAGAUGUGUCCAGAAGCAUCAAUAGAUGUAUGUACGCAGGUGAGGAACAAUAUAUAAAUGAUAUGACCUUUAUUCAGGAUGUAAUCACUAAAAUAUCUCAUGACAACAUCAUGGUACAUGUGAGAAAUUGCCCAUGGCUAUCAAAAUGCUGUAAAGAUGAACCUGUUGGGUUCACUGGAAGCUGGAAGUGUAGGUACUUGCAACAUUUCCCAGUUUAUUCUCCUCUAUUACAUAAAGGUCAGUGACGCUAUUCAAAGAUAACCGAGUACAUUUAAUUCUUUGUUAUAAGGGCACUAUGUGUAAAUGACAUUCCAAAAUACCUGAAGUAUAUUUUAAAAAAUGAAUAAAAUAGAAUUUAUUGGACAAAGUUUAAGAAUAAUGACUCAAAUAUAUAAGAACAAUUGGCAAAAUUCAAACUAAUUGAAUUAAAUUUCAAUAUAAAGGUUUAGUUACUGAGAUCCCUGAGACCUCUGUUCGGAAUGUCAAUGGGCCUGCUCUAUUUGCACAAGGUAGGUUUAAUGGACAGACUGCCCAGCCUGAGAGCUGGGAAAUCACGAGGAAUCCACCAGUGCGAUGUAGGUGCUGAGGUGGCCAGAAGGCUGCCAGCUUUUAAGUGGACCUGUACCUUCUGAUUGAAAUCAGAUUAUCGAAGUGCUCAAAAAAUAUAAUUCGAGCAAAUGACCUAAGGAACUCUUUUUGGGAAAGGAUACCUAUUGUAAGAUUGUCCAACAGUACAGUAACAAACAUUAUUAACAGAAAAAUCAAUGGGCAACUUGCCAGAUUUACUUUUGCCCAAAAUUUUAUAAUUGGCUAGCGUGACAUCUGUAAACUACAGUUUGCAAUAUGAAGCCUUGGAUCAGGAACAGAUUGUGCAAAAAUUUUCAAAAGGUGACCCAUGUAGGCAAAAUUUCAAUUAGAAGCACACACAUUACAUUUAUUGGGAAAGCCUUUGAAAAUGACAAGUGUAUGAAGAUAUUUGAUGAUGAAAGAUAAGACCGUAAGACAUAGGAGCAGAAUUAGAUAUUCAGCCCAUCAAGCCUUCCCCAUUUGAUCAUGGCUUAUUUAUUAUUCCUUCUCAACCCCAUUCUCCUAUCUUCUCCCUGUAACCUUUGACACUCUUACUAAUCAAGAAACUAUUAAUCUCCACUGACCUGGCCUUCAUAGCCAUCUAUGGCAUUGAUUUCCACAGAUUUGCCACUCUUUAGCUCAAGAAAUUCCUCCUCAUCUUUGUUCUAAAGGUACAUUCUUCCAUUCUGAGGCUGUACCCUCUGGUCUUAGACUUUUCCACUGUUGGAAACAUCUUCUCCUUGUCCACUCUAUCUAAGCUUUUGAAUAUUCAUUAGUUUUAAAUGGCAUUCCCUCCUCAUUCUUCUAAACUCCAGUGAAUACAGGCUCAGAGGCAUCAACCAUUCCUCAGAUUAUACGUUUAUGCUUUCAUUGCUGGGAACAUUCUCAUAAACCUCCUCUGGACCGUCUCCAGUGCCAGCACAUCCUUUCUUAGAUAUGGGGCCCAAAACUGCUCACACUACUCCAGAUGAGGUCUGACCCAAUCCUUAAAAAGCCUCAGCAUAACAUGCUUUCUUACAUACUCUAGUGCUUUAUAAAUGAAUGCUAACAAUGCAUUUGCCUUCCUGCAAGUUAACCUUUAAGGAAUCCUGCAUUAGAACUUCCAAGUCCUUUUGCACCUCUGAUUUCUGAAUUCACUCCACAUUUGGAAAAGUGUCUACACCUUUAUUCCUUCAUUAACAUAUAAGCUGAAAAGUAGCAAAACAAGCUUCUGACCACUGCGGAACACCACUUGCCACCAACAACCAAUCAGUAAAGGUUCCCUUUAUCCCCACUCUUUGCCUUCUGCCAAUCAGCCAAUCUUUUAUCCAUAUUAGUAUCUUUCCUAUAAGACAUGAGCUCAUGGGCUGUUACCUUGUUUAGCAUUCACUGACUCUCUUUCGUCUAUCCUCCCUGUUACUUCCUCAAAGAAUUCCAACAGAUUUUUCAGGCAAGAUGUCCCUUUAAGGAAACUAUGCUGAUUUCAGCCAUGCUGACUUUGAUAUAACACAUUUAGAUACUUCUGGUUUAACAGACAAGUGGUCUCCUCACAUGGUGUGGUUGCCCAGAUGCUACUGUUAUAAAUAUCAUUUUCUAUAUAUCUUACGAUGCAAUUACACUCAGUGGCCAUUUAAUUACUUGCUCGUUAAUGUAAAUAUGUAAUCAGCCAAUCAUGUGGCAGCAAUUCAAUGUAUAAAAGCAUGCAGACAUGGUUAAGAGGUUCAUUUGUUCAGACUGGGGAAGGAAUGUGAUCUACGUGACUUUGAACGUUGAAUGUUUGUUGGUGCCAGUUGGGGUGGUUUGAUUAUCUCAGAAACUGCUGAUCUUUUGGGAUUUUCAUGCACAACAGUCUCUAGAGUUUACAGAGAAUUGUGCAAAAAAAGAAAAAAAAACAUCCAGUGAGCUCCAGUUCUGUGAGCAAAAAUAUCUUGUUAGUGAGAGAAGUCAGAGGCAGACUGGGUCAAGCUGACAGGAAGGCAGUAGUAACUCAAAUAACCACACAUUACAACAGUGAUAUGUAGAAGAGCAUCUCGAAUGCACAACAUUUUGAACCUUGAGGUGCAUUCGUUACAGCAGCAGAAGACCAUCAGCAUUCAGAAAUACACUUAGUGGCCAUUUUAAUAGUUACCUCCUGUACCUAAUAAAGUAGCCACUGAGAGUAUGUUUUAUAUUGGUGGUCAGAGUUUGCCUGGAAGAGAAGAAAAUACUUCUCUGAAACUCCAGCUGGAAUAUUGCAAAUAAAAUAGGCAAUUCAAAGUAAUGUGUCAGCGUCACACAGGCUUCCUGUUGAAUUUGAUAAAUACUUUAUGUAAUUCUAAAUAAUCAAGUAUAAUACAAUAUGAUAAAUGUGUUCAUUUAAAAUUACCUAAAAAAUUUAAAAUAAUAUAUGUUAUUUAAAUUAUCAGCUUUAAAGCAGAACAUAGGACAUUUAGAUGGGAUUUGAUUUUUUUUCACCCAAGGUUUGUUGAACUUUUGAUGCACUGUCUGAAGGGUAGUACAGGCAAGGAGUGUUUAGAUGUGCAUGUAAAAAGCCAAUGGUAUAGAAGACCAAGUACUGGAAAAUAGAGUUAGUACUUGGUGUAUUUAAUAUUUUAGUAAUAUUUGAGUAAUAUUGUAAAUAUAUUUCUUGGUUAAGCAUUAUUUGUUGUUUACAUAAUGCGUUGCAGGAUAUAUGUAAAAGUACGUAAAUGGCAUAUGUCACGAGGCUACCACGUGAUACGUGCACAUCUCGCUUAAAAGUAAAGACAAAGUUUGACUCUCAUUCCUGGCUCUCGUGUUUUCUUUUCUAUUCAUUUUUUAAAAUAUGUUUUGGAGUUAUAGAACACAACAGUGCUGUUAGGUACUUGAUGGCCAGUAUUGACACAGAGUCGAAGGAGCUACGUGACUGUAAGUGUGAAGUAAAUUAUCUGUAAUUCAAUAACAUAAAUCAAUGUACUGAAAACACUAGACAACACAUUUUUGGAAGUAUUACAAUUAAAU